AUCAGGCGUGGUGCCCGGAGGAAAGUGCGAGGUUCAAAGAGCCCGCGGCGUCUUCUCCACGCCCCUUCGCUCAUCUCCCGCCUCUGCCGCUGAGAGACGCCCUGAAACGUCUGUGGCAACCUCUGUCACAUUGGGACCCGCACUGGCAGCGGGAGGCAGAGGGUGGACUCUGGAACGUCCCAGAAGCCGGAAAAUGGACACAGUGGCCCUUGAGGAUGUGGCUGUGAACUUUACCCAGGAGGAAUGGGCUUUGCUGGGUCCAUCACAGAAGAAUCUGUACAGAGAUGUGAUGCAAGAAACCAUCAGGAACCUGGACUGUAUAAAAAUGAUAUAUGAAGACCAGAAUAUUGAAGAUCAGUACAAAAAUCCCAGGAGAAAUCUAAGAUGUCAUAUGGCAGAGAGACUCAGUGAAAGUAAAGACAAUAGUCAAUGUGGAGAAAUAUUUAGCCAGAUUCAAGAUAGCAUUGUGAAGAACAACAUUCAUCCUGGAGAAGAUCCGUGUCAAAGCACCAACUAUGAAGAAGUCAUCAUGGGUCAUUCAUCUUUUAAUAGCCAGAUCAGAGUUGAUGCUGGACACAAACCACAUGUGUAUCAGGAAUAUGGAGAGAAGCCACAUACACAUAAACAAUGUGGGAAAACCUUCAGUUAUCAUGACUCCUUUCAGUCACGUGGAAGGCCUCUCACUGGAAAGAGAUGCUUUGAGUGUAAGAAAUGUGGAAAAACCUUCAGUUCUCGUAGAAACCUUCGAAGACACGUGGUAGUGCAAGGUGGAAAUAGACCUUAUAAAUGUAAGUUGUGUGGAAAAGCUUUUUUUUGGCCCAGCUUAUUACGUAUGCAUGAAAGAACUCACACUGGAGAGAAACUGUAUGAAUGUAAGCACUGUUCUAAAGCCUUUCCUUUUUACAGUUCCUAUCUAAGACAUGAAAGAAUGCAUACCGGGGAGAGACCGUAUGAAUGUAAGCAGUGUUCCAAAGCCUUGCCUGAUUCCAGUUCCUAUAUAAGACACGAAAGGACUCACACUGGAGAGAAACCCUAUACAUGUAAACAAUGUGGGAAGGCCUUCAGUGUUUCUAGUUCCCUUCGACGACAUGAAACUACACACAGUGCAGAGAAACCCUAUGAGUGUAAGCAAUGCGGGAAAGCAUUUCAUCACCUUGGAAGCUUUCAAAUAUACAUGAAAAGGCACACUGGAGAUUGACCUCAUAAAUGUAAGAUAUGUGGGAAAGGCUUUGAUCGUCCCAGUUUAGUUCAGCAUCAUGAACGAAUUCACACUGGAAAGAAACCCUAUGAAUGCAAGCAGUGCGGGAAAGCAUUAUCUCAUAGCUCAAGCUUUCGAAGACACAUGAUAAUGCACACUGGAGAUGGACCUCAUAAAUGCAAGGUAUGUGGGAAAGCCUUUGUUUAUCCCAGUGUAUGUCAAAGACAUGAAAAGUCUCACAGUGGAGAGAAACCCUAUGAAUGUAAGCAGUGUGGGAAAGCAUUAUCUCAUAGCUCAAGCUUUCGAAGACACAUGAUAAUGCAUACGGGAGAUGGGCCAAAUAAAUGCAAAGUAUGUGGGAAAGCCUUUGUUUACCCCAGUGUAUGUCAAAGACAUGAAAAGUCUCACUGGAGAGAAACAAUAUGAAUCUAAACAAUGAUAAAGCCUUCUGUAUUUCCAGUUCCCUUUGGCAACAUGAAAAACCUCACACUGGACAGAAACCCUAUAAAUGUAAAUGUGA